CGUUUCUGGUGUACUGCAUGAAACUGAGCUGAGAAAGUCUGUAAGCUUUAAAAAUCGUUUAAAACUUUGAAAGUCUCUCUUUUUGGUUCCCUUUCAACCCGGAGCAGAAGACAUUUGUCCUCCGUGAAGCAUUUCGCCGAGAGGGCCGGAACAACCGAGAAAAACUCCCACAAUGACUGAAGCACAAGUGAACCCGAAGGCCUACCCGCUGGCCGACGCCACGCUGACCAAGACCAUCCUGGACCUGGUGCAGCAAGCUUCCAACUACAAGCAGCUGCGGAAGGGGGCCAACGAAGCCACUAAGACCCUGAACAGAGGCAUCGCUGAGUUUAUUGUGAUGGCGGCGGACGCCGAGCCGCUGGAGAUCAUCCUUCACCUUCCGCUGCUCUGUGAGGACAAGAACGUGCCGUACGUGUUCGUGCGCUCCAAGCAGGCCCUGGGCCGGGCCUGUGGGGUCUCUCGUCCCGUCGUCGCCACCUCGGUGACCAUAAAGGAGGGAUCUCAGCUCAAACCACAGAUCCAGUCUGUGCAAAUGGCCAUUGAGAGACUGCUGGUGUGAGUUCUGGUCACACUGCUGUAACAGGCUCUUGCUGAAGAAAAGGAGAAAACAAUUCCCUUGUCUAGAAUUUUUUUUUUUUUUAGGACAUUGUCUCUACUUGAGUGUUAUGUUUGCAGUGCCACAGCUUACUU